UUGUUGCGACAGAGCAGUCAAUUGCUGUUUCCGGGCCACCACGUGCUGCCCUUUUCAAAGCGAAAGUGCACCUUGUGCAGCUGCUGGGCCCAAACCUUGACCAGAUGCUGAAACAAUGGGAUGUUGCGCUAGCGCGCAGCAUACUGCGCAGCAUGGCAUUCUGGAAUCAGAAGUAUUUUUCCAGAAGUAUGCGCUGGGCAAGAAAAUAGGGGAAGGAGCCUUUGGGCAAGUACGCCUGACAACAGACCUUCAGACAAAACAGAGUUUUGCGGUGAAAAUCGCAGAUGUGCGUGCACGGCAAGAUGGGGGAAAGGUCGUUGUCAACCCAAAGCGAAAAGCCGCUAUUGAGCGAGAGAUUGAGAUGUGGCAGCUUGCCAGCUCCAGUGGGCUUCCUGAAAUCACUCAACUCAUCGAGUGUUUCUACUCGCUUGGGUUCUAUUACUUGGUGUGCGAAGCUUGCGAGAAGAAUCUGAUGCAGCAUUUGCUUCAUGUCAAGACCAUCAGUGAGGAUGAGCUUGGCGAAGUAGCAGCGCAGAUGCUCAGGAGCAUUGCACACGUACAUUUUCUUGGAAUGGUGCACCGGGAUGUAAAACCGGAAAACUUUCUCUACGGCGGGCCGAAUGGCUCGACCUUGAAGCUUUGUGACUUUGGGCUGGCAUUGCGACAGCCUAAAAAGGGCAAGAAAUUAACAGGGAUAGGAGGAACGGCUCCUUACAUGGCGCCGGAGAUUUUGAUAUCCAGCUCAGGCUGGCCCUCGAAUGAGGGGUACGACAAGGAAAUCGACAUGUGGGCUAUGGGCGUAAUUUUGUACUUGGUGCUGUACGGGCAAUUCCCUUACAUGCCAAAGGGCGAAGCCACUGCGGAUUCGAUGAAGACAGCAAUCCGGAGCAAUUCGCCACCUUUGGCCUUUCCGCCAAUACAAGCCCUUGCAGCUUUAGGCUUGGUGAAAAAAUUGUUGGUCAGACUUCCGGCAGACCGAGCCACUGCAGAAGAAGCGCGACUGGACCCAUUCAUAUCAAAAGCUUCUGGCGCAUUUGGCCCCACAGAAGUGACCGUCGCGCUGUCACAGGCGAAGGAGAUGGCUGAAAGACUCAAGGAGUUCCAAGUAAGUGCCUCCUCACAGAGGGACCUUGAGGCCAAGUUGAAAGCCAUGACAGCCGCGCGCGGUGGAAUCUGGUUUUCAGAAUCUGAAGCAGUUUCCCCGACGCAGUCCCAAUGUUCAGCUACAUAUCGAGCUGAGGCUAGGAUCAAGAAGGACAAGAAACCAGUCUCACGCGACAAAUUCGGAUGCUUGCCUCAAGAAAGGGUUUAGAAAAAGGAACGUCGUUUGUGUUGUUUUUGUUAAUGCUUCCAACUUCUAUGGUGAUUCCAGCGCUUUGUCGGUUUUGUUGGAGUACGUUGAGCCAAAUAUGUUUCGCCGCAAGCAUGAUAGGUGGAGAAGCACCAGCUGCCGUCAAGAGUCAACACUGGUUCAAUAUGGGUCAAUCAUUUUAGACUUUCAAUCUUGUGCCUUCACCUAGUGACGUGAGCCCAAGCACCUGGAAAACAAGGAACUCAUUCAGGAGUCGUCAGCGAAGAGACCAAGGACUUCGAGGGCAACGCAGCAUGUUGACUGCAACAUAGGGGGCCUUCGGCUCCUGGCCUUACUACUAGGAGCAAGGACACUACUAGGGGCUCCUGGCCUUACUACUAGGAACAAGAAGCUACUAGGGGUUCCUGGCAUCGCUACUAGGAGCAGGGACGCCACUAGGGGGCUCCUGGCCUCACUACUAGGGAGUUGGGAAAUGCCUUGUUGUUUUGCUAGGACGUGUACCCGGAGGCCCCUUUGCAGUGAGAUGCUGCACGGCUGGUGGGCACAGCCGUCAUGGCUCAUGGUUUGCGUUGCCAAUUCGUUUCACUUCUCCCACUAAGAAUGAGCUCAAGCUGGCUCUGAAAGUGCCAUAGUCGCAGGCCACGUCCAUGGACCAUGGACUAAACAU